AUGUUGGCCGCUAUUUGGUUUUCUAUGGCGCUCCUUGCCUCGGCUCAACGUCAGCCGCAUCUGGCUCUCCUCAAAUGUUCCCCCGAUGAAGUGAGGACUUUAUUGUGUGAGAACUUCGGAUUUUUUUCCAGAAAGCUCAGAUGACAGAACUACCCUAUGAAAGUUGGCCGAAGAUCCUGGCCUUCGAACGGCCUUUGAAACACGGCGACUGGGUCCGCUAUUCCUUCACCUUCCGCAACGACGAAGUCACUACCGAGUUCGUGGGGAACUUGGGAAAGAAACUCUGGAGAUUUCAGUGCGGCAAUCGACUUUCGUAAAUACGACAGAAGUCUUAAACUAGACGAGAACACCAUUACGCUGCAUAUGCGCUUCAUCGAGAGGGAGAAUCGUCUCGUCGUCAAUGCCCAUGACGUCUGUGUCCUGCCUGUCCAUCCAGAACGAAGCCGAAAAGAUUUAGGAGGAUGGAAAAUGGCAGAAUCACGAGCAGUCUAUCCCGUUCCGUGCAUGGUGGUUGCCUGGCAGGACGGCUAACAUUGAAGUCCGGUCAGUAUUUGAUGUUAUGGAAUCGAAUCAGGCUUGUGCAAGGGCCUGCCCGUCAGCCUAUCGGCCCCCACGGUCAUUUUCAAAGCCCGACCCGUCCGUAAAAUUUUUUUGCAUGAAAUUUUUUUCGGAGCCUGGCUCAUACCGACGCAGGCCUUUUCUCAAAAAAAAGGUUCAAAGUCCGGGGCAGACCGGACCAGCCAGCCUGACGCUCAAGCCUGAAUCGAGUAGAUUCGGGUGAUUUGAUGGAUAUUUCAGCUACCACAACACUAUGUUCGAAAUCUACGAACGCACGGUGGUCGGAUACGUUUGGAUCACGAACUUCAGAAACAUUCACCAAAAAACAGAGUACCUAAGUACCACCGGCCGACAUUUCUUCCUCUACAAAGUCCAGCAUAUUUGCUUCGGCAACGAUCCUCAGCCUUAG